CGAAGAUCUGUUGCCGGUGAUGGCUAAUAAAUUGGGAGGAGAGGGUCUGAUAAGGGAGCUGUGUAAUGGGUUUGGGCUUUUGCUGGACAGAGACAGAGGUCUCAUCACGUUCGAGGGCUGGAAGAAGAACUCUGCUCUUCUUGGGUUACAGGACUGGAGCGAUGACGAGCUUCUGAGUAUGGUCAGAGAAGGUGACGUGGACGGUGAUGGGGCUCUCAAUCAGAUGGAGUUUUGUGUUUUGAUGUUCAGAUUGAGUCCUGAUUUGAUGGACGAAUCUGAGGCAUGGCUUGAUCGAGUUCUGGAAUUGGAGCUCGGGACUGGUUGGUUCGAUGAUGAGGUGCUGGUUGCGCCGCCGUCAACGGCGGUGGUGGGCGGCGAAGGAUAGGGCUUUUGGAGGUUUUGCUCUGGCGAGGUAUGUGUAAAAAAAAUCUUAGCGGACUAGGUUGAGGUCCGGCGGACGGCUAAGGUGAGGUUGCCGCCCGCCGGUGAAGCGAAAAUAUUAGGUUCUAAACCUGCUCUGAUACCAUGUAGAAAUUUAAUG